GAUGCGGUAAUUUGUCAUUGAUUAGCGUUGAUUCGUUACAUGGGCGACUUUAAUAUGCCUAAAGUCUAAUGGUAAGGCUAGCUGCGGCUAAUCACACCGGUAUUGAAUCAUCGAGCAUGCCAGUGCACUCUGGUGAUUCAUACGCUGUGGUGAUGCUAGAUGUCAGGAGUCUGUUCCUGUCAAAAACCCAAGUAUUUAGGUUGAUGUCCAAGUUCCUGGGCUCUUGCAGCUCCCUUGGGUUUGUUCAUUUCGUCAUAAGUAUACUGUCAGUCGCACCAGCAAGCUGACGGCCUGACCGGCACAAGGCCCCUAGAGUCAGCCUGCAGACGAUAGGCGAGGAAUGUGGAUCCGCGAGCAACCUGGGCAAUCGACAAGCGCGCCCUUGCUCCGCUGUAGCACAUAAGGUUCCCUCAG